CUUUAUAGUGGCUGUGCAAUAACUGAGAGAAGAGCAAACAAACAUAUCAGUGCCUGGCUGUGUUUCUCGUGGUUUUAGGCGCAUCUUGUUUGUGCUAGUUUAAAUCCCACAUCAUUUGGAUUUUUUACACUGGGACUUCUUGGGGCUGCCCCUCCAGGCACAUAUAAUUUGUUGGGAAUUCCUGUGUCAGUACAGUGAUUACCAGGCUUGCCCCUGUUUAUUAUUAUUUUUUUUUUUGUAUAAUGCCCACCGUCUCAAUUGUUUUCGGGACCCCAGUUCUAAGAGCUAUAAGUUAACAGAUGCUGUUUGCUAUAACCUUACCUAUCUUCAAGUGGUUACACAGGUGGAGGCAGCUCUAGUGCUGCCUAGUACCCUAUCAUGGUAGAGACAGACAGUAUACCAGUAUGUCAGAGGCUCAGCUAUGCCCUAGGACAUUUCCUGAAUGACCUGUGUGCUUCUAUGUGGUUUACCUAUUUCCUGAUCUACUUCCACUCUGUACUGGGAUUUAACUCUUUCUACGCUGGUCUCUUACUGCUAGUGGGUCAGGUUGCUGAUGGCAUAUGUACCCCUCUGGUUGGCUACGAGUCAGACCACCAUGCUGGUUGCCUGCCCUACGGACGCAGGAAAUCCUGGCAUUUUAUAGGCACACUGAGUGUGGUCCUGUCCUUCCCAUUCAUUUUCAAUCCUUGCCUGGGCUGCACAGUGACCACACCAGAAUGGGUGGGUCUAGUUUACUUCAUCCCUUUCAUCAUCAUCUUCCAGUUUGGUUGGGCAGCCACCCAGAUCUCCCAUCUUUCGCUCAUCCCAGAGUUGGCGAAGAAUGAUCAUGACAAGGUUGAGCUCACUGCAUUUCGGGUAAGUGACCUGAUGUAUGCCUUCACUGUCAUGGCUAACAUCACUGUAUAUGCUGUAGCGUGGCUGUUGCUGCAUUUCCAGGUGAGAGAGCAUGAUCCUACAGACCGCACAGAGCAUCUGGGACGACAGGACAUUCCCAUCUUUAGGACCUUGUCACUGAUUGUAGUCGGGGUGGGAUCCCUGUUUUCAAUCUUGUUCCACAUUGGAACGAAAGAGAAGAGACAACCGAAUUAUCAGCACCUCGUAGAAACCGAGGACUCUCCCACAAAUCUACUGUCUGAUGAACCAAAACUGAGCAACCCACCUAGGCAGUUGAUGCUAUGGAAGCACUGGCUAAAAGAGCCGUCAUUCUACCAGGUGGCCUUUUUGUACAUGUGUACGCGGCUCAUUGUAAACCUGUCCCAGACAUACAUAGCUUUGUAUCUGACCCAUUCCCUGCACCUUCCCAAGAACUACAUUGCCACUAUUCCCCUAGUCAUGUAUGUAAGUGGCUUUGUGUCAUCGUUUGUUAUGAAACCAGUCAACAAGCUGAUUGGACGCAAUUUCACCUAUUUCUUGGGUUUGUUGGCUAUUGCAACCUUUGCAUCCUGGGUGGCGCUGGAUCCUGGCCUUAGAGAUGCUGUGUAUGGGGCUGCUAUUAUCCUGGGUGCUGGGUCUGCAACUAUUUUGGUCACUUCACUAUCUAUGACUGCUGAUCUCAUUGGAACACAUUCGCAAAGUGGGGCCUUCGUUUAUGGCGCAAUGAGCUUCACAGACAAAGUAGCCAAUGGCUUAGCAGUUGUGGCAAUCCAGUCUUUACAUCCUUGUCACACACAGAUCUGUUGCCCAGCCUGCACCCCAUUCUACCACUGGGUGAUGGUGAUAGUCACUGGAGCCGUAGCACUUUUGGCUGCCUUGUCCUUGAGUUCCAUUAUGAUCUGGCCAAUCAACGUGCGGUUCUAUGGCAUUCCUCCCUCUUCUAUCCAAGAAUCAUCUCUGAUACCUGAUCUUUCUCAAACAUCCCAGGAAAAUGGCACCAUGAACACUUGAAACGCCCAUUAAGGAAGAGGGAACCUCUAAUUGUUACAUUCCUCAAUUGCUCUCCAAUCUCUUUAUCAUAUUGACUGUAAAAUACAACCAAGGAGAUGUUGAGCGACAGUAGUUUUCAAUAUUUGCUCACUUGCCCAUUUAACUUUUCUUAAAAAUUAUUUUUUUAAUCUGCUCUGGAAAAUCAUUUUUCGUUGACUGCAUAAUUAAACACCUUGUAUAAUAAAAGCAAUAUGCAUCUUCACUCCAAAGUACCUCUGAUAUUUGAAUUUGUAAAAAAAGAAAAAUGUUGACUUACGUCUGUGCCAGAGACUCACGAGUAAGUAAUAAAAAUUAUAUACAUACAA